AUGGAGCAAAUGGAAGGUGCAAUGCUGGGCUAUCAGCUCGAUCUUGACAAGAUGCCGCUGGGUAAGCUUUCGAAGAAACAAAUAACAAAUGCAUAUUCGAUUCUUACGGAACUUCAGUCGAUUUUGUCGGAGAAGCUGGAUGCUGAGAAAGUCUUGGAUGCGUCAAACCGCUUCUACACUCUUAUCCCGCACAACUUCGGAAUGGAGAAACCUCCGUUACUGAAUUCUUUGGAAUUAAUAAAGCUAAAUGUGGCUAUCCAGGAAAAAUGCGAUAUGUUGGGUUCUUUGCUGGAAAUCCAGAUCGCCUACGAAGUAAUCAGCGGGCAACAAGACAGCAAAGCGGAUGACCGCGAUCCUGUGGAUGUUCACUAUGAGAAAUUGAAGUGUGAAAUGGAGGUUGUUGAUCCGGAGUCAUCAGAAUUCGAAAUCAUCAAAAACUACAUGGCAAAUACUCGUGGAGCGACUCAUACAUUGUUCGACCUUAGUAUCGUAGAUGUAACUUCCAUUUCCAUUUUUGUGCAUACCGUAUCUCGUUCGUUUUUUCAUCUUUUCAUCUUUUUCGUCAUCAUUUCUCAUUUUCACCUUUUUGACUCAAGAUACUGCCGCCCUCUAAACAGAUUACUGGUUUUAAACUUUUACUUCAAGGUUAUACGUGUCAGUCGCGCUGGCGAAAAGGGCAAAUUCAAAGCUGAACUUGGAAAUCGUCGCCUUCUGUGGCACGGCUCGAGCACUACUAAUUAUGGAGGUAUCCUUUCGCAGGGACUCCGAAUUGCUCCACCCGAGGCGCCAGCGGUUCGCUUUAGAAAAGAUUUUUUUUGUUGCAAUAUUCUUAGCGAUAAUGCGGACGGACUUCUGUUGUUGUGCGAUGUUGCACUAGGGAAGGUGAAGGAAGAGCUCCAUGCGAUUGAUCAUUCUCCUAGAUCUCUCAAGACCUUCAACAGCGUCCAAGGUUGUGGGAUUGUUGUCGCUUUCUCGUUAGGCCUUGGUAAAACAGAGCCCAAUCCUAUUAGCACGAUUGAGUCUGAAGAAGGGUACUCAGUUCCACUUGGAAAACCUGUGAAAGCGGAGAAAGGAGAUGGUUCUUCGUUGCUGUACAAUGAGUACGGUCUUUAUUCUUAA